AUGGUUAAAAGAGCUGCAAGCGCGGGUCUUGAAAAUGGGAACCAUGUCAAUGGCAAGAGAGUCUCGAAAGCUCAUGCUUCGCAUAUAAUAAACACUCAGGAUGACUAUAAGCAUUUGUACAUGUCAGUGCAACCCUUGGAUAUCUUCUGCUGGGGUACUGGAUCUAUGUGUGAAUUGGGAUUGGGUCCAUUGGCCAAGAACAAAGAAGUCAAGAGGCCUAGAUUAAACCCAUACUUGCCCCAUGAUUCUUCGAAGAUAGUUUCGUUUGCCGUUGGUGGGAUGCAUACCAUUGCUGUUGAUUCAGAAGAUAACAUAUGGUCUUGGGGCUGUAAUGAUGUUGGAGCUCUUGGCAGGGACACUUCUGGUGCUGUUGAGAAAUUGAAAGAUAUGGAUGCAGACGAUUCUAAUGAUGACGAGGACGGUGAUUUGAAUGCGUGCGAAUCGACACCUACGAAAAUUCCAAGGGAAUCACUGCCUCCACUUGCAAAAGGUCAUAAGGUCGUCCAACUAGCGGCAACUGAUAACAUGAGCUGUGUGUUGUUCAGUAAUGGCGAAACAUACGCAUGGGGGACAUUCCGUUGCAAUGAGGGCAUCUUAGGGUUUUAUCGAGAAGAAAUUAAGAUUCAACGUACACCAUGGAAAGUUCCUGCCUUCUCCAAGUUUCAGAUUGUUCAAUUGGCGCCUGGGAAAGAUCAUAUCCUAUUUUUGGAUGAAGAGGGAUAUGUGUUUGCCUGGGGCAAUGGACAACAACAUCAGUUGGGUAGGAAAAUAAUGGAACGUUUCCGUUUAAAGACUUUGGAUCCAAGACCUUUUGGUUUGAAAAAUAUCAAGUACAUUGCUGCUGGUGAAAAUCAUAAUUUUGCCUUGACCAGAGAUAAUAAAUUGGUCAGUUGGGGUUUGAAUCAGUUUGGUCAAUGCGGGACAUCUGAAGAAAUAGAGGAUGGUGCUCUGGUCACAAAACCAAAACAAGUCAUCCUUCCUGAGGAUUGCACUGUAAAAAUGGUCUCUGCUGGUGAACAUCAUUCUCUAGUUCUAUCUCAAAAUGGUGAUUUGUACAGUUUCGGUAGAAUAGAUAUGUUUGAAAUUGGUAUUGCAAAGAGUGACCUUCCAGAGUAUAGUUAUACGGAUGUUCAUGAUAAAAUUCGUGCAGUUCCAAUUCCAACAAAAUUAAAAAAUGUUCCAAAAUUUAAAAGUAUAUCCGCUGGAUCUCAUCACAGUGUUGCUGUGGCACAAAAUGGAAUUGCUUAUUCGUGGGGAUUCGGUGAAACUUACGCUGUCGGUUUAGGGCCUUCUGGUGAAGACACCGAAGUUCCGACAAGAAUCAAGAAUACUGCUACUCAGGAUCACAACAUUAUUAUGGCCGGUUGCGGUGGCCAAUUUUCUGUUUCAGGGGGGAUUAAAUUGUCUGAACAAGACGCUGAAAAGAGGGCAGAUGAAAUGGAUGAUUAA